AUGAAGUGUGGUAUGCUGGCCCUGCUUGGGAACGGCACUCUGCUCAAAUUAUCGUCCGACGGUGUUACACCCGCCGUAGUGGUUCUAGAUUAUGGUUGGAAUGUCGAAGGAUAUGCCACAUUCCAGGUGUCUCAGCGUUCUGGAGAUACUUCCAGCUUUGAAAUGACCUACAGCGAAAGUCGUGCUUUGCUGGAGUCCGAGAUGGGCGACGGGCCUCUCCCCCUGGCAGGGGCUAUGGACACAUACCGGGUGAAUCGAUACAACAUCACGGAGCAGCAGACCUACACCAACCGAUUGAUCCAAGGGGGAUUGCGAUACCAAAAGUUGAACCUGUCCAGCGCCGGAGAGAUUCAUCUGUCAAUGGUUGGAUUCAAGCCAACCGUUUCUAGUACCCCUCUUGCUGAGCUUCCUGGUUCAUUCAACUGUUCUGACGAGGUGCUAACUCGCAUCUGGCACGCUGGCGCUCGAACGUCGCAGCUCAAUGAACUUCCUGCCAACAGCGUGCCGGACUUUUGGAUUCUCACAGACGAGGGUGCCUUCGUGGACAGUCUCGCCCCUCAACCUUACUACUCAGAUUGGUCUCCGUCGCUCAUGACUUAUGAUCUCGAGUUCUUGGUGAAGCCUAUCUCCAAGGGGUUUGGCUUUACCGUUCUGAGCGACACUCUAUCCAGUGGCGUUUACAUCUUCGUCAAUAUUGCCAACGCAUCGAUCUCCGCCCACGCCGGGUCGUCUGAAUUAGGCGCUACUCUUGCAUCAGGAACGCUUUCAGAUUCGAUUACCUUGAAUGAUUGGCACCGUGUUCAAAGCAACGUCAAUCUUUCCCAAGUGUCUGUCAAUAUCAAUAACAUUACCGUCUUGGACUUCUCCCAAAACACAUCAUUCUAUGGCUCGUUCGGCGUGGGCGCUUCCCUGGGCCAUUCAGCCCUCUUCACCAACCUCUCUCUAUCAGUUGAUGGAGAGGAGAAAUACUUCUCGACACUCAAGGACAAGGCCGCACUGCAGGACUUUCUCCUCGGUACGAAUCCCCUGCCCGUGAGUGUCGACGGCUCUCGUCGCGAUCGUAUUGCCUAUGCCGGCGAUUUGGAUAUGGCUAGCAGGACGGCAUUUGCCAGUACUAACGGGCUUGAAUAUAUCAAUGGCUCUAUUGAGCUUUUAGGCUCUUACCAGCUGAGCCCUGGAUUCUUCGUUCCAAAUGCGAAGAUCCAACAGCCUCCUCGAACCGCUGAGAUUCAAGCAAACAUCACAGGCCUCAUCGGGUAUUCAUUCAGUCUUGUCAACGCAAUGGCGAAUUACUACGAGCAGACGGGAGAUCAUGUUUUCUUGAACCGCUGGGCCCCGAAAGCAGUGCGCUUGUUGGAUUGGGCACACUCGCAAACCUUGUCAAACGGCCUGCUCAAUAUCUCUGAUUCCUCCAUGGGUGGUGACUGGAACUAUUACGAUCCCGCUCUGUCUGGGGUUGUUUCCAAAUUCAACAUUGUAUACGCGUAUUCGCUGAAGCAAUGGCUCCCGUACCUGUCCCAAGCCGGUCUCAACGACACUUUAUACCAGGGCCGGCUUCAGUCUUUGCAGAAAGCAAUCAACGCCCACCUCUGGAGCGACAAGCUGCAGGCAUACUACCAGUCCGAAACACACCAAGACUUCUUCUCGCAGGAAGCAAACGCCCUCGCCAUUCUAAGCGACACGUCCAGCCUCAGUAACCGCACUUCCAUACUAUUAUCAACAAUGGCACGGGAAUUAUACGUCCCCAACGGCGCCCUCCCCUUCUCCAACGCCAGCGCAGCAAGCGGCUGGGCCCAGAAAAUCAGCCCCUACUCCUCCGGAUACCACCUGAAAGCCGCCUUCCACGCAAACGACAGCGUCGCUGCCAAAAGACUCCUCCAUACUCUCUGGGGUCCAAUCAGUGACCCGAACCACGCCAACUACACCGGCUGCAUGUGGGAGGUUAUGCACGUUGACGGCACCCCCGGACUCGACUCCCCAACGUCCCUGUGCCAUGCCUGGGGUGCGGCCCCUACAGCCGAUCUAAGCCGAUAUGUACUUGGUAUUCAGCCCAAGACGCCAGGAUUCAAGGAGUGGAAGGUUGUUCCCCAGACGAUGGAUCUUGCCUGGGCGCGAGGGGACUAUCCGACUCCGAGUGGGAAAAUUAGUGUUGAUUGGUCUUUUGAUUGGAGGGGGCGAUAUCGGAUUGUUGUUGAUGCUCCUGCUGGUACCAAAGGGACCGUUUAUCUCCCUAGCCCUCUGCGUGGAAGCUUUGAGGUACAGGGUGGAAAGACGUUUCGGUACCAAGAAUAAUAUUGGCUAGGGCAACUAAAAUAUAGCAUGAACAUAGCGAGUACUUUAUAUAAUCCCCAAAUGUGAGAAUAUAAGUAGAGAUCUCGUAUUGCAUAAAUUAGAUAUUACAAUCGACUAUGUCUCCCCUCAGC